AUGGCGCCCGACUCGCAGUUUAGCCGGCAGAACUGGAGGGUCGAGGACUGGCAAGUAUACGCACCGUUUACGCUUAAGUGGAAGUUGCCCCCAUUUACGCCACACCUCUUCGAGAGAAGCGAGUGCUUCGCUGAAAAGGUGUUGCCGGAGAGGCAACUUUAUGUCGUCCAGUUUACGUUUCUGCGUCUGGAACUGGAACUACAGGAGUCGGAACUGCAGAAAGGAGAACGCUCAGUACUCGACGACCUUUCCGUCCUGGAAGAAGAGGCGUUGCAGGGUCCGGUGCCAGAGUGUCAGCUCGUGUUUCGAGAACCACAGAAGGAACUGGAAGGCUCAACGCUCUCUUCUACGUACUUUGAGGGCUCCGUCGGCCAAACCGAUGAGGACGUCGUCCGCCCAAACCGGUCGUAUCCGAAGUCCCCGUGCGGACCAGCGUCGAACGUCACGAGGGAGUCCAACUUCUACGGCAUGAACUCGUAG